AUGCUUUCGCUGCAACAGCAGCACGGUGGCGCCGUCGCCGGAGGCGGCGAAGCGCGCCAUCACGCGCCGCAGCCGUCGGUGCUCGGCGGAGGCGUGGACUGGCUAGUGUUCGGGGCCCGCGCCGACCUGGAGGAGCCCGCGAGGAAUGCCCCGUCGCCCGCCUUGUUCCUUCUUCCGCCCGCGCCGCUCGACGACAGGGCGGCCCAGCCCGAGCCGAAGCCCAAGCCCGGACAGCUCGCAGGAGCUGUUGAUGAAGAGCGGCAUUUGGCACUUGCUCAUCAAAACUACAGGUCAGGGAAGUACAGAGAGGCACUAGAGCAUGGUAAUGUUGUUUACGAGAAGAAUCCACGUCGAACUGAUAACCUCCUCCUCCUUGGAGCUAUAUACUAUCAGAUUCGUAAUUAUGACAUGUGCAUUGCAAAAAACGAGGAGGCUCUUGCCAUAGAUCCACACUUUCUUUGA